UGUUGCUUUGAAGUUCUAGUUGAUUUCAGUCUCACAAAUUUCAAAAAUGAUCUAACACUACGUUUAAAAUCUGUUUGAUGGAUUCUUUUAAGGUUUUCGAAUAUUGAGAUGGGUUUUAUUAUAGUAGAUAGUUAGUUCGAUACUUAUAAUAUGUUUACCAAAAGCUCUAACAGAGUUAAAUUUCAAGACCAACAGUUGGAUGAUUAUCUACUGGAGAAUUCAGUACUCAAGAGUAAACUUCAGAGUAAGAUAGAUGCUCUCUUAAUAAUGAGUAAAGAGUUAGACAAAUGUAAUAUGGAAAGAGACAAGUAUAAGGUUCUGGUGGAACAAUUGAAAUGUAAAAAACCAACUCUUUCUCAUAGAGACACCAAUAAAAGUCUCUAUAAUUUCACACCAACAAAUACUGUCAGUAGUGGGGACAUGCUUGCUAAAACAAGAGAUCAAAACAGUAAACUUACAUUAGAGGUUGAGACAUUGCGCAGUCAAUUAGAAGAAGCUACUGGUGAUAUUGAUGCGUUGAGAAAACAGUUGCAAAAAAUAUCACUUUUCCAUGACAACAAUAUUGAUCCUAAAAAGCCUAUGACAAAUCUUGGUUAUUCUAACAAAGAUUAUGAAGACUUAAUACUAGAACUUGAAAAAAUUCAUAAGAAGUACCAACAAAUUCAAUUAGACUACCAAGCUACAUUAGACGAGAAGGAAGAGUUGAUAUCUGAUCGUGAUUAUUACAAGAACAAAGUUCAACAUUUAAACCAACAGAUUAGUUAUAUUCUCUCCAACAGAAUCAAAGUACAAACUGACAAGGAGAUAGACCCACCAAAACCAAUUGUUGACAUAGAUGCCUUAGUGACAGAGAAUAAAUAUCUUCAUGAAAGGAUUACACAACUACAAGUUGAGAAAGAAAUUAUAAAAAGAACAUUGACAAAAUAUAAGACACUUCUGGAUAAUAGGAACAAUAAUGAAGCAAUUAAUCUGAAAAAAGGAUUUGUGGAUGUCAUGACACAAAGACAAGUGAAGGAGUUUUUAGAUGUAAACACUAAAACUGGCCAAAAAAGAAAUUCAGCUACUGAAUUGAAAUCACUUUGCUUGGGAUUGUUUGAAGCACUAAAUGAUAAAUCUAUAGCUCUGCAGCAUCAAAGAAAAACAAAUCAAAUCCUAGCAAAUAGAAUCACAGAACUUGAAAAAACUUUAGAAAGCUGGUGUAAUGGACAAAAGUAUAUACCAAUAUUUCCCUCACAAAUGUUACUAGAGGAGUUUCUUCCAGACAUAAAUUCUAUAAAUUCAGAUGAAUUGAAAGAGAAAGAUAGAAUAGAGUAUAAAGAAAAUUUAAAAAAUAAAUUCAAUAGAGAAGAAAAUAUAAUAAAUAGAGAUACAGGUGAUGAAUCCAAUGGGAUCGCAAAAAUUUGCUAUGAGGAAGAUUGUGGUUUUGAUCGUAAUAAAAGCUUGAAUAAAACAGUUUUACCAUACGAACUAGAAGAAUUGGUUAAAGAAGCUCUUGCUGAAAUGAAGCCGGUGAAGUAAAUUAUAUAUGUAAAUUGUUACUUAAUAUUCUUAACGCCAAAUACAUUCCUAUAUAUUCUAGUCAUAUGUACCGUAAAAAGCUAGUCUUGAUUACUACUAUAAUUUUGAGGAGCAAUUGUAGUUAGGUUAUGUGGAGACGAUGCGAAAAUAUUCAUGUACGUCGCUGAAAGACCACGCUCUCGCAUAUAGGUACUUUUAAUAGCUGGGUCCACGUUAUACUUUACUAGGGGGCAAGUAUGUAAUAU